UGGGCCCGGCGAUUCCCGUCGAUUAUAAAUCUAUUCUCACCUAUAUCCAGUUGCAGAGGACUCUGCACUCUUUAUUGCUUUAUUUGUGCGGUGGUUAUAUCGGUGCUGGAGAAGAUAAACAGAACCGCGGAUUGGUGUAAAGUGGUGGGGCUUUCAAGUCGACAUUUGUUGACUCGCUUUUAAGAACCUCUAUAUUCAAUGCGGUAACAUCAAAAUACAUGAUUCCAAGAAAAAGAUUCGUGCAGUGGUAAAAUGAUAGGAUUCAACCCGAUAACUCUUCCAGCAAUAUUUUUAUUUGCUCUCAGCGUGACGGGUCAAGUAAACAAGGAGCAAGAAUAUGAAAAAUCCUUUCUCCAAGGGGUAUUUCACAUGAGUCCUGCCUUAUCUGUAAGCGGCAAGAACCUCAGCCCGCAAUGCAAGAUCGACUUCCAAGAGUUCACGCGGGACCUCCAACAACUGAAGUAUUGGGCUUUCCAAAUGCACGACUCGACAGGAAAACCCAACUCAGGGAUGCUGAACGGGAACCUGCACUCUUACGGGGACUACGAGCAAUGUCUGGGGGUCUCGCAUCCUCGCAUUAAGGGCAAGUACUGUCUCCUGGGUUUCGACGUGGACUUCCACCCAAAGUCAACGUACAGGGGCAACGUCCGGCAUCUCCUCGAAGGCGCCUACGCGGACUACGUCUGGUAUGGACCCAACCAUAAUGCGCCAGGCGGGCGAUCGCCCCCUCAAAGAAAAAUUCUAUGGGGCUUCUGUAUACCCGCUUCUUGUGACGUUGAUGAUUUGCAAAAUGGUUUGCGACAAAUUUUGGCACCUUUUAACUCCACUGAUCACGGACUUGAAAUAAGGAUGUUCACGAUGGGCGAUUCUUGCACUACAGAGGAGAGCAAAAGUUUCACCGCACGCUCCUAUUUUGUCAUGGCUUUGAUUGGAGGUUUCUUUGCCCUGACGUUAUUCAGCACGUACUACGACAUGUCUCGGCAAAGUUCCACUGGAGUUCUCGUUGACGUGCAUAAGUUAAGUUUGUCCAUGAAAAUUGCACUGGCUUUUUCUCUCAAAAGAACAGUUCCUUAUCUGCUAGACUGCAGGACUAAAAACGACGGGUCGGAUGUGUCAUGCGUUAAUGGAAUCAGAUGCCUUUACGCCAUCCAGAUAUACCUCGGCCACAAGAUGUUGUUCACGUUCUUCUACCCGGUCAUCAACAGAACAGCCAUUAUGCGACAGCUCAUGGGGCAUGAUUAUUCGAUGUUCUUCGGGGCAACAUUGAACAGCAUCGAUACGUUUGUGCUUAUGAGUGGACUGCUCGUUUCUUUCAACGGCUUUCAGCAGCUGUCGGCUGGGAGGUCACUUAAUAUCCCACUUAUGUACCUGAAACGGUAUAUGAAGUUCAUGCCGCUGUACCUUAUGAUUGUUUUGGUGAUUCGGGAUAUAUUUCCAUACAUUCUGAGAAAUCCACAUAACAUCAGCCUCUUAGAUGAACGGUAUCAACAUUGCGAAAACAUAUGGAAAACCUUGACGUACACGAGUAACGUUGACAGUUUAAAUGAAAUGUGUCAUCCAGUCUCACACCAAGUUGUUACCGACUAUCAAAUGUACCUCCUGUCACCAUUCCUCGUGUUGUUCCUGUGGCAUUAUAAAGCCACAGCUUUUAAAGUUGUCUCCUUGGCCAUGGCUGCAAUUUGCGUCUAUAGUGGCUGGGUCAUUUAUAGCAAGAAUCUUGUGGCUGUCGGUUAUCAUGGAAUAGCGUUUGAUCUAGCUAUUGAAAGUGUUGAUCACAUGUACCUGAACCCUAUACAUCGGCUUCCUCCUUAUAUAGUCGGCGUUUUGUUGGGUUAUGUUCUUCAUCACUACAAAAAGCGCCCCAUCAAGUUAAGUCAGCUACAACUAAUCUUAGGUCACAUCCUAGCGGCAAUAGCUGCGUAUUACUCCUAUUUCUGGCUUUGGCGGUGUGCAAAAAAAGGUUACCAGUACAACGCAUUGGAAAUGGCCAUCUACAAGGCGGUGCAUCCUUUCCUAUGGGGAUUUGUCCUUUGCUGGAUCAUAUUCAUUUGCUACACUGGGCAAACAAAAACGUUGAACAAGUACCUGAGUCUGACACCGUUCGUGUUCUUCAGUAAGAUCUCUUACGCCUUCUACAUUUACCAAGCCGUGGACAUCACACUUCAGCUGCACGUCCAACGCCUUCCUACUUACUUGCAUCCUUUGAACGUCAUGGAUACUGCUCCUCUAGGGAAAAUUUUGUUCCACUCAAUUCUAUUCACACUGAUUUUCUGUCUACCCGUGAAUCUGAUCGAAAAACACUUAAAAAGCCCAAAAGGUAAAAACAGCUGAAUUCUCAGCGCAAAGACACCAUCAUCGGAUCUGAAUCACCGUGGCCAACUCGUAGAGGCGAUUGAAUAUUUUUUAUGUCUUCAAAUUGAAUUAAUGUCGUUUAAAUAACUUUCGUGACAAUAAAUUAUUUAUUAUGAUUUUUUUAA